GCUACCUUGGUACUGUUUACUUCAUUGUCGUGAAAUGCGUUUGUGAAUUUAUUCUUUUGACAAACUAUACGCAAUUUCAGUGCUCCGAUGUAACUAAAAUCGAUUCACACAAAGAAUUAAUCGUCAAGCUGACGCGAUGUUAAUCCAAAAUGAUAAAGAUCGGUGUUGCGCUGCUGUGAAAUAUAAGAGUAAGCUAUUUUCUGAAUCGCACGGAGUCUUCGAGAAAACGUGUGAUUACAUCGUAAGAAAUUGAUGUCGUAAUGUGUGGAAUCUCACUCUCCUAUUGUUGUUACCAUGUUCUCAUGCGUCGGCGGCGACGGAAUACUGAGGAUUAAAUGCACGUUAACAAACGAACGGACACUCCGUUGCGGAGAAGGAUUCUAGUUUCAGUGACAACGCAAUUCGACAGUGAAAUGGACGGUUUAAGAACCGGUGUUGAACGUAUUACCAUAUGUGUUCGCUUUCCUAUCGCGAUUUGUUGAUAAUUUAUUCACAUUUUCUAAUCGCACAAGUGUGCGCCUUGUGUGUGUUUGACCGAUGUCACCCGGGAUGUCUCGUUGAUGCUCGUUUGAAUAGAACAAAUCGUGCAAGUGAAAGAGAAACAUUGUCAUCUUUAUUUCAAGUCGUGUGUGAGAAAGAGAAAGAUAACGUAUAUAUGUCAACGAGACAGGUAGAGCACGGAAGAAUAAAAGAAAACGGGUCAUCUUCUUGUCACGGUGAAAGAGAGAGAGACAUUACAAGAAAAAAAGGAAACGAAAGAAAAAGCGGAAAAGUGAAUGGAUGUGGAAGCCGGAUGUGUAAAAAUAGUAGAAGCGAUCAAAGAAGAGAAUGAGAAACAUCUAGUUCGCAAAAGGAGAAAAGGAAAGAUCAAGAAGAGACGAUCACAUCGUGAGUUGCACACGGAAAGGUGUCUUGCAUACUGUUGUAUACCGUAGAAAGGAUACACGAUGGCUGAGGCUUUGAAUGUCCCGAGGCCUGUGAGCGUCGUUGCCGUCGAUGGUGCUGCUGUGGACAACGUGAGGAGCGACGCAGAUCGAGUACAAGAAACACGAGACAAUACUCGAUGCUUUACUUCGACGGAAGCCCAGACGGAAUUGGCAAUUGACGCGAAUAGAUCGAUAAAUCAGAUCGAAGAUGUUGGUAUCCGAGAUAUGCGUAGACGGGAGCGACGAGUACGCAGACAGUAUCGUCGCGCUUUAAGAUCCUGUUCCUUACCGUCAACAUAUCCCGGAGCUGUGCCAGGUUGUCAAACAGCUUCGACUGCAUUAGGAGUGCCUUUAGUGCCACCUCCUAGAGGCUUUCUUCAUCCACCGCCGUCGCAUUUGGGUCUCAGAGGUCUUAGUCUCGGACUACCGUUUCCUGUACCUACUAGUGUCUCUGCUUUUGGCAGGAACACAGUACCAAAACAGUGUUGCGGUUUAGGUUCCCCAUCAGUACGUUGGUCUAUACUAGGUGUCGGAUUCAUUGGUCUUGUUUGUGCCGGUGCAGGCACUCUUCUUGGCGCUCUUAAAGCUUCCGGUCGUGAUCACCUCGUAGGAAUAUUCAUGACCGGUAUAGGAAUACUUUUAGUGUUUGUAAGCGCAGUGGCAUGGCGAUUUACUAACCAAAACUACUGUGGUAGUUUAUUUGGUUUUGCAAGUAUUUCUGGCAGAAUACCUCCUGCUAGACCAGUACAUCCAUAUGCCGCUAUGAUCUAUCCAGAAUUCCAGUUUAGAACACCACCACCGAGUUAUCAGGCUAGUAUGCAGGAGUAUAGACUUCGAUUGUUGUUAUUGGACCGAUUACAGCCUACAUCGUCACCACCACCAACUUAUAGAUCUAAUACGGGAAGUAUCAUAACCGCUAGCAGAGUAAGAGAGAGUCGACCACCAAGUUAUUGCGCUGAGUCGAAUAUUACACCGAAUACCGUCACUCUAGUACCCUCGAAGAAGGAUGCAAAUCUUGUCAGGAUUGUUCAAACUGAAUCCGAGCCGGUUAUUCUUAGUGGUGAUCAAACGCCACCCAUAGCUGCAGUCGAAGUAUUGGCGCAUCUUUAAAUUAAGAAGUUAUUUUAUCUGGCC